UAACCGAUAAAAAACAUCUUCAAUUUAUUUUCUUUAAAUUGUUCCUAACCAAAAAUUGAAAAAUUAUUCGUACAUAAAGAAGAAGAGUCAGUGAAAGGAUCGGUGCCGUGUAAUGGUGAAAUCAUCUCCCAACCACAAAUCUCGCAGCUGAUGGAAGAAAAAUGUUUUGUGCUCUGUUGAAGAAGAAAAAACAAAACGUUGUCGUUUACUUUGUAACCACAUAACACGUUGAAAAUAUCGAGAUGGGUUUCAACAGAGGUUUACUUACGACGAAGACUUAUAGUUCUUGUGGUGGUUUGAAGCAGUUUAUGUACGGAAAAACUUUCACGACUCUCGAUGCUUUCUGGGUUUCUCUCUGUAAUCUCUUCUUUCUCCUCCUCGCCUCCAUCUUCAGAGUUUAUUCAGACAAAGAGACAAGCUUGGUCGUGGUUAAGACUCACAACAACAACAACAACCCAAGCGAGUCUUCUGUUGACGGGAGUUCUCUGGUUUCGAUCAGCAAGAGAUGCGAUUAUUUAUCCGACAAGAGCAUCACUUGUUACGUAGAAGAACCUAAAGCUGUCCGCUUUGUUUUUCAUGAUUAUUACUCCUCUGCUGCUGUACAAGAGGAGAUGAAGAUGAUAACUUUCUCUGAUGAAUCGAACACGAGUUUUGUCCUGGAGAAACCGUUUGUAGUUGACGACAACAAGUUGGAGACAUCACUAUCGGAAGGUUGUUUUAUAAAGGAACACGUGAAGGAAGAGAUGUUGGUUUAUGAGUUCAUGAGUUGUGGUGUCUUAAAAGGACUUUUAGCUCACGAGAGAUUUGCUGGUAGUGAAGAUAGCUUGUUCGAUGAGGAGGAGGAGGAGUUUAUAGAACUAAACCCAAGUUUCCAGAGAGAAGAAGAGUUCAAGAUGGGUUUUGAUGAAGAACAAGAAGCAUAUGAUUUUGAUGAUGAUGAUGAUGAUGAGUAUGAGCAUAGUGAUGUGAUGGAGAAACUAAAAACAGAGAUAAGGACAGCGAGAACAGGAGGGUUGUGCACCAUUCUCGAGGAAUCAGAGACUCCAUUACAAGAGCUGAAACCACUCAAGAUCGAACCAAAACAAGACCAGUUCAAAGACAUGAUCGGUGAGAUUCACAAGGUUUACAAGAACUAUGCUGUUAAAAUGAGAAAGCUCGACGUCAUUGAUUCUCAGACAAUGCAUUCCAUCAGUUUGAUAAAGCUAAAAGAUUCACCUAAACCAAGCAGUAACAUCGUUAAACCGCCUCAUAAGAAUGUAUGGCCAUUCAAGAAACAUAAGCUUGAACGUGACCCCAUUGAGAGACUUGUGAAAGAAGCGAGCAGAGACUUUGAGACUGUCUACGUAAGCCAACUCUGUCUCUCGUGGGAGAUGCUUCAUUGGCAAUACACAAAACUCUUGGAAUUUGAUUCUCACGCUGCUACUACUUAUCAAUACAACUUAGUAGCUGGAGAGUUUCAACUGUUCCAAGUUCUGCUUCAACGGUUUGUGGAGAACGAACCGUUUCAAAGUUUAUCUAGGGUUGAGACUUACUUAAAGAACCGUCGCCAUUUCCAUAACUUCCUUCAGAUUCCACUUGUUAGAGAUGAUCGUUCUUCAAAGAGUAACAAGAAGUGUAGAAACGAAGGAGAGUUCGCGGUAAAGAUUGAGACGUUAAGAGAGAUUAUUUCAGAAUCAAUGCGUGUUUUCUGGGAGUUUCUAUGUGCUGACAAAGAUGAGUUUAGUUCAGUGAUGAAAGUUUCCCACCAAACACAAGUCUCUCCGCAAGAUCCUCUAGAUCUUGAGCUCUUGACAGAAAUGAGAACCAAUCUCCAAAAGAAGGAGAAGAAGCUAAAGGAGAUACUGAGAAGCCAAAGCUGCAUAGUGAAGAAGUUUAAGAAGAAUGAGUCAAAGAGUAGUAGUGUGAGAGUGAAGGAUGAGUUACUGAUAGCUCAAAUCGAACUGAGAGUUGUUUCAAGAGUGAUGACCAUGUCAAAGCUCACGACUGAGAAGUUAAUUUGGUGUCAGGAGAAAAUUGACAGGAUGAGUUUUAAUGGUCGGAAGAUUCACAUGGAACCGUCUUUCUCCUUGUUACCUUGUUAGAGUUGCCUCUGCUUAGAUAUUUAGAUGAGAGAUCCAGGAAGAUGAUUUUUUUUUAAAUUGUCUUUGUUCCUGAGAAAGAAUGUUAGAGCUAUACUGAAUGUUCUGUUUCUCUCGCGUAUUACUGUUACCAGAGAAUGAAUUUUGAUCUAAGAGAGCAUCACAAAGUAAUGGUUGUUACAGAUGGUAGCUCUACUUGUAUUGAUAGUUCAAGCCCUUUUUUGUC